AUACAAUUUCGUGAUGCCACAUGUGUUGGUUACUGCUGUUUGUACUCUCUUCCACUUGUUAUUCUUUGCUGUUAACUCUUAGGAUCCAUCAGGCUUUCAAGUCCGUAGUGGUCGUGUGGUUUAAAGAUCAGCUAGAUCCCCGAGAUGGAGUGCAAGAGAAAAAGACUGGAUUGUGAUUCAAGUGACAACAUGGCUAUAAAUGCUGAAACACAAGUGAGGUCAUUAUUUCAAAAGGAAUUUUGUUACAUAAAGUCUUCAAGAUGGACUCUAGAAACAACCUCACUCUUCAGAAACUUUACAAAAGGGGAAGAACUCAAAUCGUCAAAGCAACUUUGUACUUGUGGUAGAGUAAAGAACAAAACAGCAUGGCAAGAUACAUCAGAACUAUGCACACAUCAGACAUUGUCGUCAUCUUUAAACAAAGACUGCUUAAUGGGUGAGAUAAAAAAUAUCCCAUUACAUGAUUCUGUGAGAUGUGCAUGCUACAAUGGAAAACAUGGUGAACUGGAAACAGCAUUUGUAGUGAAAUCUCAAACAGAAACCGAAAGAAGUGGCUGCAGCCAAGGAGAAGCUGCACAAUUACAUACAUGUCAUGACACUCACAGCCACAGCCACUGCUGCCAUCAUUUAAACCAUUAUGAGAACAUUUCAAAGCCAAACCAAACAGUGAAUUUGGAGGAAAAGAGGCAGAGACAGAUGAGGGGCCUUUAUUUGUCUAAAGCUUGGCCACACAAUGAACUGUUGGGCCUUAAAGAUAAUUUAAACUCGCUGAAAGAUCAGCUCAGUGAUAAGGAAAUGGUUGUGUGGCAUCAGCACACCAGCUCCACCAACCUUGCAGGCAAAAUAGUAAACACAGUAAAACAGCAGUUUCGUGCAGAACUCUGUACCCAGGCUUGGUGCAAGUUCCAUGAGAUCUUGGCUCGUUAUGACAUUGUUCCACAAGCAGUUCUGAAAUCACCAUUUAGUUCUUACUGCUCUGUGCAUCUCUGUGAAGCCCCAGGUGCCUUCAUCACCUCAUUGAACCACUUUUUGGUUUCUAGAGGCUUUAGAGGCACAUGGAACUGGGUGGGAACCACACUGAACCCUUACUAUGAAGGCAACAGUGUCAUGCAGAUGAUUGAUGACGAUCGGUUCAUCAGAAACUCUUACAGGCACUGGUUCUUCGGGGAAGAUAAUUCUGGAGACCUCAUGUCAGAACAAAACCUGAAAGCCCUAAAGACAAAAUUAAGAUCUAUUGGUGAUGUACAUCUUGUAACAGCUGAUGGGAGCAUCAACUGCCAGGAAAACCCUGCAGAGCAGGAAAAACUUGUUUCUCGCCUUCAUUUGUGUGAAGCCUUGACUGCAUGUCUUAUUCUGGCACCAGAUGGGAAUCUUGUCAUUAAACUCUUCACCAUGUUCGAAUCAUCUACUAUUUCCCUUCUUUACUUUUUGAACUGUGCCUUUCAAAAGGUAAUUGUAUGCAAGCCAGCAACUAGCAAGUCAGGAAACUCUGAGGUGUAUGUGGUCUGUUGUGGCUACACAGCACCCAUGUCAGAAGACCACCUUCUUGCACUUUUCUCAGAAGUCUGCUCAUCCACAGAUGAGGAUACAGUACUGUUCACGCAAGACGACAUUGCAUGCGACUUUUUGGAUCAGCACAUCGACUGUUGUAAGCAUUUCAGUCAGCUGCAGUCCUCGACCAUUGCCCAUAACCUGGAGCUGUAUGGCCACAUGGGUCAGGCUGAAAUGAAGAUGCUUGGAAAUCUGCAGGAGCUCUGUGUAGAUCAUUACAUUGGCUUGACUCAGCUGAAGCCUAUCAAGAAUGAUAAAAGAAUCAUAGCCAGCAAUCAAAAGGGAAGAAUUUAUAGAUUUUCACCUGUGCGUGCUCUUGCCAAUGGAGUACGCUCUGCCUGUGUUAGAGGAAGAAAUGCAGGCAACCCUCAACAGCUGGCAUCUUGGCAGUCUUCCGUGCCGGUGGGUAAGAUUCAGGGUACAUUUCGUCAGCGACAGGAGCAGCAUACAGUCACCUGGUUGCAGCUUCUGGACCAGAUGUCAGAGUACAGCUUACCAGAGUAUGACUGGCUUUAUGUUAAGUGUCAUGAAGAGCUGAAGGAUGGAGAGGUGAAAGAAUGGUGUUUGGUGAAAGGUCGUCCUUUGAAGCAAGUGUUCAGCAGCCAGUUUUGUGACAGCACUGUCUUGGAAAACUGGACGCUGCUGAUGCUGCAAGCAAAGGUGAAGCAUCACCAAGAAAUUCAUCUCUUGAAGUAUGCUGCUCAUGUUCAAGCUCAUGUUGUCGCCCUUUUUCGUGACACUUGCCAUGGUUCCUGCAAAGAGAGAGAAUCACAGCAAGUACUUUAUCAUCUGGCGCUUGCAGAGAGUGCAACAUCCUGCAUGUCAAAGGCAUUUCAACUGUUGCCUGUUUCUCAGCAUUUGCAGCUGCCAUCUGUGGACAGUCUUCAGAGGCUCGGGGAUGGUGCUGUCUUCCUGUUUGUGGACAUAACGUGGCCGGCUCAUCUUUGCUUUGAGGAGUUCGAUUGCUGUCCAAGGCUUCUUUCAGUUGUCAUAGCCAUUUGUAGUUACUUGAGAAUCGGGAGCAACGUAGUAGUGCUGAUGCCAGUGGCACUGACACGUCUUUCUGCUGGGCUUCUAUUUAUUCUUGCUCGUAUGUUUAAAGAGACGUGCAGUAAAAUGUUGGAUGAGAGUCCAUUCGCACACCAACUUUUAUACUUCCAAGGGUUUCAUUCUGCACCAUACACCGUUCUGCAGUAUCUGGAAUUGUUGCGAGAGAACUUGCAAACACAACACAAGUCACCAACUUUAGAAGACGGUCUUUCAUCAUUUUAUGAUCUGCAAAAGAAUAUUUCUGUCAAAGAUUCAGGUGACAUAAACCUUGUCACUGAGGUCAAAUACCAUGAAAAGAACAACCAGAAAGAGACUGACUUCUCCUUUCAUGAGUCUCUGCCUGUGACUGCAGAAAAUACUUGCAUUAAGUGCCACACACUUGCAAAGACCCCCCAAGAAUCAGCUGCAAUACCAGAGACAGAUGAGGUCAAUGCUUGUGUAGGGAACAAAUCUGCUGGCUUUGAAAACAAAGUUCCUGCAACUGCUGUCACUGAUGAAGGAAACAUUGUAAAAAGUAUCAAGAGUAGUGUCUCUGUAAGGGAUGCUUGCAUGAGCAGAGAGAGUUGUUUAGUGCCUUUGGAAGUGGUACAGAUUCUCAACAUUCUGAAUGAUUGUGGUUUCUGCCAGUUGCUGCAAGCAAGCAACACAAACUCACUGAUGAAAUUCAUCAACUAUGUUAAGAAAGAGGAGCUGAAGCAGCUAAAAAUCCAGUGCAGUCCAGAAUAACUGAUGUGGCUUUUUGAGAGUCAGCUGAUCUUCACGUGAAGAAAUAUACUAAAUGUACACUGUUGAUUUUAAAACAUUUACUACAGCAGACAAUUAAUUUUCAGCAGGCAUGCAUACGGAAAAUUUCAUUAGGCCUGAGCCUCAUCUGUACAAGCCUAAUCUGCAGAGUGUAAAAAAACCUAAUCUGUACAGUGUGAACAAGCCUUAUCUGUACAGCAUGAACAAGUCAAAAUAUUUUAAGGCCUUCCCUAUUCCUUUAUGUGGUUGUUGGUGUUGUAUCAUAAAUUGUUGAAGUGAAAGACUAGGGCUUCCUCGGUCUUCUUUGUGUGUGUAUUUCUGGUUUUAGCUCUGUAAGUGGUGUAGAUUUCGCCAUAGCAAUGUUAGAAAUAUAUUUGGGUGAGCUGCAAGUUGAGGAUGCUCUUUGGUGUGUGUGUAGGAAGGGGGUUGAAAGCAGCACAGAGGCAAACAGUCUGUCUCUGUUGGAGGGAGGAUAGAAUGCAGGAGUCUGGUGAGGAGCAAAGGUUUUGGGCAGGAGUGUGGACAGACAAGAUUUCAGUAAAGUAGUAGCGGGAGGAGCCUUUAAAGAAUCCAUGGCAUAGAGUUGAGAGUUUGUAGUCUAUUCUAGCUUUAACUGGUAGCCAAUGAAGAGAGUGAAGAAGUGGUGUGACAUGUUCACAUUUGGUAGUCCGGAAAACGAGAUGAGCAGCUGAGUUCUGGACUUUUUGAAGCUUCUGGAUGAGGUACUGCGGACAGACAGCAAGAAGAGAGUUGCAGUAGUCUAGUUUACACAGAACAUGCGAGCAGAUGAGAAUUUUGGUGGUUGAGAUGGACAGAGUAUAAGGAAUGGAGCUGAUCUUCCAGAGCUAAUGCAGAACAACAGAUGUGAGAAACAUGUUCAUCAAGAGACAGCGUGGAUGUUAAGAAUCUUGUGGAAAAAAUACUCACUGAAGGCCUAAGGCAGUGAAGUAGGUGCAAUGACUUUGGGCAGUUGACUGUAGCUUAAUGUUAAGAGGACUGUUCAGGCCUGUGAGUACAAUUUUGUAUAAUAAAUUCUUGCUUGUGACUGAUA